GUUUUAAUUUAGACUAAAAUAUAGAGAGAACGUCAGGUAGUUCUCUGACAUGGCAACAUUGUCAUUGUCAUGUUUAUUAUCCAAAGUCCAAAAUGAUGUUACCCAAAGCCUCGAAGCUAUUUAUUAAAAAAGUGUUUUAUUUUGAAUAAGUUUCAUACUUUUGAUUUAGGUUGUAAUAUUGUUUAUAUUAUUUUUAUUCUUGUAAUUGACAUAAUUUACUUUUAAUAACUUUAAUUCUUAAUUAGGAAAGUCUGUGCGAUAUUAAAAUAAGAAAUUCGCGGUCCGUAAAGUACGUUUUUAUUAUCUUAUAAUCAGUCAGAAUUCGUAUUUUUAUAUUUAUCUGCAGUUUUCUUUUAUUAAGCAAUAAGAAAAUGUUAAUAUUUGAUAACUUGUGAAUAAUUAAGUAGGAAAAUGAGUAUGAAACAAUUAAUAUGUCGACUGUGCUAUGGUCGCACAUUACUGGCGAACAUCUCUAAGAGCAGUAGUCGGUGCAUGGCGUCGCAGUCACGCGACACCGACACUCCGCUAAAAAAACUGCUGGACAACGCCAGUAGCUUCGGUGAAGCGCAGCCGUCGGACGCCGAGCUGCAGUGGGCGACGGAGCCGUACGCGGCGCGGCCAGACUCCGCCGACGGGGACGGAGAGAGAGAGAGAGUGCUGCCUCACGAGACCACGGUCCUAUUGUUUCCCGGACAAGGAUCACAGCAUGUCGGCAUGGGCCGGCUUCUCGCAAACAUACCUGCUGCUAAAGAAUUAUAUGAAUUGGCAUCCAGCGUCGUCGGGUGGGACGUUUGGCGCGUGUGCACGGAGGGCCCGGCGGAGGAGCUGGACCGGCGCUGCCAGACGGCGGUGCUGGUGACGUCGCUGGCGGCGCUGGAGCGCGUGCGCGAGGAGCGGCCGACCGCGCUGCGGCGCGUGCGCGCGGCGGCCGGCUUCUCGCUGGGAGAGAUCUCCGCGCUGGUGUUCGCGGGCGCGCUGCCGCUGGAGCCCGCGCUGCGGCUCGUGGAGCUGCGCGCGGCGGCCAUGGCGGCGGCGGCGCGCGCGCGUCCCGGCGGCAUGCUCACCGUGUGGCUCGCGCCCGACGCGCAGCUGCCGCGCGCGCUGCGGCUCGCGCGCGAACACGCCGCCGAGCGCGGGGUCGUCGACCCCGUGUGCCAGGUCGCCAACUACCUCUACCCCAACUGCAAGGUCGUCGCCGGCGACGAGGAGGCGCUGGCGUGGGUGGAGCGGCGCGGCGCGGCGCUGGGCGUGCGGCGCGCGGCGCGCGUGCGCGUGGCGGGCGCGUACCACACGGCGCUGAUGGCGCCGGCGGCGGCGGCGCUGGCCGCGGCGCUGGGCGGCGUGGCGGCGGCGCGGCCGCGCGUGGCGGUGGUGGGCGGCGCGGAGGCGCGGCCGUACGGGGACGCGGCGCACGUGCGGCGCGGCGUGGCGCGGCACGUGGCGGCGCCGCUGCGCUGGCAGCAGGCGCUGCAGGCGCUGUACGCGCGGCCGCGCGGCGCCUCGUUCCCGCUGACGCUGGCGCUGGGCCCGGGCCGCGCGCUGCGCUCCACGCUGCGGCAGGUCAACGCCCGCGCCUGGGACGCCUCGCUGCAGAUAGACGUCUAGCGCUCCUAAUAAACUCCGUACCGCCCCUCGCACCUUCUUAUUCGAAUUAAAUCAGAAUAUCUCCUAGGUCCAUUGCAGAUUCUUAUGAUAUGUCUAAUCUACCGUCGG